AGAGAGUCUAGGCAAUAGAGUCUACUGAGCUCUGAACUCUGCUGAACUAUAUAAAAAAGGGCGCGGUUGAAUUAGCAGGAAGUAAAAGGCAGACAAACAGAGGCAUUGACAACAGGCAUGGGAAGUGAAGAAGAGAGCACAGUGAAAGAGCCGUUAGAUCUCAUCAGACUCAGCCUUGAUGAAAGAAUCUACGUCAAACUCCGUUCAGACCGAGAACUCCGUGGCAAACUUCACGCUUAUGAUCAGCAUCUUAAUAUGAUUCUUGGUGAUGUUGAAGAAAUUGUGACCACAAUUGAGAUUGAUGAUGAAACAUAUGAGGAAAUAGUUCGGACUACAAGACGGACCAUCCCUUUCCUAUUUGUUCGUGGGGAUGGUGUAAUACUGGUGUCUCCUCCUCUGCGGACUGCCUGAUCAAUAGAGAAGAUGUUCUCAUCAUAAACCUGUGCAAGCAUCCUAUAUUUUGUUUAAGGUGCUGCAGUAAAAUUUAAAAUAACUCAGAUUAUUGAGGGAAUAUUAUCUGUAUAACAAUCUCAUUUUGGAGCAACACGUCUCUAGGUUUCUGCGUGCCCAUUCUUGUGCAUGGACCAUGCUAGCGUUCUCUA